AUGUGGGCUACGCUGUCUGGUGAUCAAAAUAGGAAACUGGGAUAUUUCCAACGUAUACAUUUAUAUGAUGAAUAUAAACCAUUUCCAUUAGAGUUUUUCAAUAUGAUUAAUCAAACAUUUUUGAAUUUAACUGAAUUACACAUUGCUCCAUUAGGUCCAACAUCAGAGGAACAACGUCUGGUACGAGAACAAUCAAAAACACUAUAUUUAUUAACUGAAAAUAAUCAAUGGAAAUUAGGCAGUGCAUUAUUUGUCUAUAUGGAGAGUGACAGCGAAAACAGUAGUUUUAAUCACACAAUUCCCUGUCUCAAACUUGAUUUCGCAAACAAAAAUCAUCCGAAAUUGAAUCAGCUAUUGGAAUUGAUGAAUGUGAAACACUUACGAAUGAACGAUUUGAGCCUGGUUGACAAAGAACCCUUGCAUGCGGAAGGGUUUCGAAUGAAAUUGAUACAAAUUCCACCUUAUAUUAAAAAAUGGUUAAACGAAAUAAAAUUUCAGUCUGAUGCGAUUCAUUAG